AUGUCGCUGUUGAAAAUAAUUUUCAUCAUCAUCUUUCUGAGAUUGGUUUUUUCUAAACCGGAUAACAUCAUUACACAAUUGACUGCCAAACUAAAGAUAAAAACCCACAUUUACUUCGGCCUUACAAUGGAAACUCUUGAAGAACUGAAUUUAGUUACUAAUCAGCCCAAAUUGUUGAUUUAUAAAAACAUUAGUGAAGAGCUAAAAAUGAAUCACGACGAACCAGUUUUGGUUAUAAUACAACUCGAAAAGGAUUUGGACUUAAAUCUGGAAACGGUGGCGGUGCUGAGAUCCCAUCUGAUAGAUAGACAGUACAACGAUAUAUUGCUCAUAGAUGGAGAUACGGAAAAUGUGAAAAGUUAUAAGGAACUUGGGAAAGCUUUCUGGGAUGCAGGCUUUCCACGUGUCCUAAUUUAUAAUUUGCAAGAAGAACUUUGGUCAAUAAAACCCUACCCAUAUCUGGAGAUAAAGUCUACCAGCUUAAAGGAGUAUGUUAAGAAUAGAAAUGACCGAAAUUUAAUGGGCUAUCCCUUGCGAGUUCUGGUCACCAAUGACCCACCUCAUUGUUUUGUGGAUGAAGAUGAACUACCGAAUUCCCCGAAUCGCUAUAAGGGAAGUAUAAUUACCAUUUUAAAAAUAUUCGCCGAUCAACUCAAUGCGACUUUCAAAGCGGUGCCUUUUCCAGGACUUCGUCGCUACUCCACCGCGGAAUGUGUGCAGAUGGUCAGAGACAACGAGGCCGACGCCUGUGGCAGUAUCUUCGUAAGGACCUACAAGUAUGCCACCAGUCAGCCAGUUCGUCUGAAUCGUGUGGCUAUAAUGGCGCCAUUUGGGAACCCCAUCGACAAAUUCUACUACUUCUUCAGACCCUUCGACUCGUACGUUUGGAUCGGAACUGGGCUGAUGGUGGUCUAUAUAUCGGCGAUGGGUUCUUUGCUUCAUCGCUGGCAUUUCGGGCAAUGGGAUGUGGGUCAGUACCUCCUGCUGGCCAUUGAAACCCUCUUGAACCGGGAACUAUCUCUGCCGCCGUCUUCGAGUGGCUCCAAAUUGAUGUUGCUGCUCCUGCUCUUUGCCAUUGGAUUCAUUUUGUCUAAUCUAUAUGUGGCCCUGCUCUCCAUGAUGCUGACCACCAAACUGUACCAGCGGCCCAUAGAGAACUUGGCCGACCUGAAGGCGGCCAAUGUGAGUAUACUGCUGCAGACCCACAAUAUCGGCCCGAAUUCGGUUUACGGAAGUUCAGAGGAACUGAGGGAGAGAUUCCUUUUGGUGGAGGAAUCCGUGCACAAGGAGAAGCGGGGUGGAUUGGACACGAGCUACGCAUAUGUGGACUCGGAGGACAUGAUGGACUUCUACCUAUAUCAGCAGAAGUUCCUGCGAAGGCGCCGCAUGAAGAAGCUGCCUAAUCCAGUGGGCCACACCUGGGCCGUUCAGGUUAUCAAACAAAACUGGGUGCUGGAGAGGGAAUACAACGAUCAUGUUCAGCGAUUGUUCGAGACUGGCCUACAGAAUAAGCUGGUCGACGAUGUCCACGAGUUGGCCGUUAGAGCCGGCUUCCUGCACUUCCUUCCCACCCAAACGCAAACUAUCGAGCCUCUGCGACUCGAGGACAUUGUGAUGGCUGCCAUGGUCUUGGGCGGCGGACACGCCCUCGCCGGAAUCUGUUUCCUGGGCGAGCUGCUCGCCUAA